CUUUGCAGAAGCAGCAGGAGCGCUCUCUCGGUGACAUUAUCAGCAGAGGGGGAGGCCACAAGGUGGACCAACGUCAUCUCCGGAGUUGAAAACCUUUUUUUCCAUUAUGUCGACGCCACAGCUGCUUUCUGGAAAGGUGGCCAUCAUCACGGGCGCCGCCAGUAACAUCGGCAAGGCGAUUGCCACAAGGUUCGUCGCCCAUGGCGCCAGCGUCGUCCUCGCCGACAUCAAUGUCGCCGACUGCCAACAACUAGCAUCGAUUCUCAACAGUAGCAAAGCUGGAGUGGCUGAAGCAAUGAAAUGCGACGUCACCGUCGCGUCGGAUAUUACCAAAGUGAUUCAUAAGGCGAACAAAAGCUUUAAUAAUAAGGACCCUGACAUCUUCUACAACAACGCGGGGUUCCACGACGGUGUGUCCUCCGCUCGCAGCAUCACAGACUUGGACAAGGCCAUGAGCAUCAACGUCAAGUCCGUCCUAGAGAGCAUCAGGCAAGCUGGCGACGUGAUGCGCAAGAACAAGAGCGGAUGCAUCCUCUGCACGGGCAGCACCAUGGGCUUGCUCGGCGACGCGGUGCCUUCGGCGUAUAGCAUCUCCAAGGCCGCGGUGAUGGGGCUGGUUCGCGCCGCGGCGGCCGAGCUGGCGAACGACGGCGUGCGGGUGAACGCCAUCUCGCCGCAUCGCGUCGAGUCCAGAAGCUUGGAUUCGCUCUUGCUGGAGAAAAUCUUCCCCACCGCAGAUACCCAGCAGCGGCUUCAUAUGAUCGAGAACUACAUGACUAAACGGGUGGUGAAAUAUGAAGACGUGGCCGACGCGGCGGUGUUCCUGGCGUCGGACUAUGGCAAGAGCGUGAAUGGGCACAACCUCGAGCUGAGUGGCACGUUCAGUGUUUAGUCUGUGGACGGGCCGGCAAGCUUCCGAGCUGAGCUCAUCGAUCAGCUGCAUGCAACUUCAUCAGACUAGCUAGUUGCAGCAGGCGUCGUUACGCGCCUUGUUAUUUUCUGAAUAAAUAGCGUGGCCGUGCGUGAACCACAGGCCUACAGCUACAUGUACACUUAAGUUUCCAUUUCAAACUUUUCAUAUUUUUCAAUAUUUGCCAAUGGGAUGGUCACCCAUUAUUGUGCAACUUCAUUUGAUGUAAUUUCCUAAUAUCAAUCCAUCUGUA